UUGCCCGCCAGCUUUCAAACUGGCCGGAUUGACUACUGACCUGACAACCAAGGUUCUCACAUACCGGGUCGGCACUGCUUUGACCCCAGGGUGUUAUUUUGGUGUGUAGCUGUCAAGUACCGUGGGUUUGUAGCUGCAAUGAAGCUCUCAGCCAAGGAUGCUGUGUUUAUUCAGCUUGGCCUGCUGUUUUUAACCAGUGGUGUGUCAACCAAUAGGCAAGGGUCACUGCUUCAGCCCAUCAAUGCCAGGACGUCCCCCAAGCCUGCCACGCCUCCUGGCAGUGCCAACCGCCCCGCUGAAGUGAGCAUCCCUCUUCUGCGGCCCUUCACUGGCAACGUCCUCAACUCCCACACCUCAGAUGCUGGUGCCAAUGGCCAUAACGUCCAAUUUCAGGGCACCGGCGAUAACAGUGGUAGCAGUAGUGGCGCUAAUACCGGCAGUAGUUUCAGCAGUAACACUGGCAGUAGUUUCAGUAGCAGUGGCGGAAUUAACCAUGGCGACAAUGACAAUGGCUUCGUCAGCGGUGGUAGCUCUAGCAACACCGGCAGCGGCGGCAGUAGUUUUGGUGUUGGUGACAGUAAUUUCGGCGGCAGUACUUUUGGUGAUAGCGGCAGCACUUUUGGUGAUAGCGGCAGUAGUUCCAGCAAUAUCGGUAGUAGCUUUGGAAGUGGCAGUAGCUCCAGCGCCGGUGGUAGUUUCAGUGGAAGCAGUAGUAGUUUCAGUGGCAGCGGUAGUAGUUUCAGUGGCAGCGGUAGUAGUUUCAGUGGCAGCGGUAGUAGUUUCAGUGGCAGCAGUAGUAGUUUCGGUGGAAUUAGCACAUCAUCUAUGGUCACCAAAACUCCCCUGGGGGGAGCUGUGAACCAAGACACGCCCUCUGGGGCAGCAGGGACAACGGGCUUCAACUCACCCUCUCAGAACAAAGACCCUGCAACCCCGCAGCGACCCUCCCAGACAUCAGCCACAGCCUCCUCUUCAGCCUCAGCCCAGAAAGAGUUCAACCUCAGCGCAGCAGGGUUCGGGGGUCUGGGCGGUGGGUCCAGAGACAAGAGCCAGGGACCCUCGGCAGCUGUGGGUCAGCCCAAUGCUCACAAUGCACAAAGUCCCACCCCACGACCCUCAACCUUUGGUGGCAGCCAUGCACAAUCUCCACAGUUGUCACCAUCCCUCUUGGUGUUGUUGCUGUUGUUGGUUUGUACACGAGGGUAGAAGACAGUUUGUAUUUCACGCCGUGUAUUGUUGUCCUCAUGUUGUUCCUGGGAUGGCCUGUAUCCUCAUGUCUUGAAGGGACAUGCGAGUCCCUUUCUUAAAUUAUUUCUAAAAUAUUAGGUUAUUAACACUGCACAGUACAGUAAAUAUGAGGUAAUGAUGAGUCUCACUCCAUAAGGAAUGUAUUGUACUUACCAACCUAUGUUAGUGCUUGGACAUCUGGUUUUUAAUAACUGCCAUUUUGGCUUUGCUAAACUAAAUAAAUUAGAAAUCUCUUGCAUGUUCUAACUGCACUAUUAGUCUUGGUGUCCAUUGACACCUGCAUCUUCUCUUCAGUGAGCAAAGUUGUACAUAUAACUUACACAAAUAUCAAAGGAAAACAGGUUGACUUUUAUAAUUAUAAGAUUUAAGAUGAUGUUUUUCAUGAUAUAGGUAAGUUUUCAUUUUGAUUAAAUUGUACAGUGUAGUCUUAAUUUUCAUAAAAUGUGUGUUUACUUUAUAUUGUACUUGAAACAGAAGCUUAAUAACAGGGUACAUUAUAACUCAUUACAUAAAUUAACUUUAGGUUAUUUUGUAAUUUGAAUAAAUAAAAUGACAAUGUAGUAAAAAGUAUUUUCAGUACCUGGCUAUCUCCACUUGGGAAUGUCAGCUAAUGUAAUGUACUUGUAAGGUAGUACUGUAGUUGUCAAAAUGAUGGUUUUAUAUCCCCAUUUAUAACCAAGUGCAGUACUAGGAACUACAGUAUAGCAUUACAUUAUUUUCUAAGUUUAAGGUGGACUCUGACUAAUGCCAAAGUUAGUUAUUUAUCCAUCCACCCAGACCUGAAGUGCUAAAACUGGCACCAUUGAUACAGUACAAGAAUUGCCACUUAAGGCUCAGUCUUUACCACAAGCCCAACAAAUGUGCUGCCAAACCCACAUUUGCCUUGGUUUCUUUACAUUGUUUUGUGCAUGAACCUCAGUACUCCCAAACAGGAGGGAAGGAAUCCUUGUAGUCCGAUCUAAGCUCAAGUUAUAAAAUGAGAUUUCAAGAUGAAUCUCGCAUCCAUAACCUGAUGACUAUCUUGCACAAUUUGAUUACCUGUAUCUAAAGCCAGUUAGGGAGCAACAAUAAGUUUUAAGAGCUACUGCAACACACAUCCUCAGAGAGGAGUAACUAACUUUACACACUCUUGAGAACCAGACAGUUUUGAGGUACUGUAUAGGUUGCUCAGCCAGAUAUUUGCUAAGGAAAGUUUUGGCCAAUAACCAGGCCCCUCCCCAUUGUGUGCUUGAGAUAUGCUACACAGAAAAUUAAAAGAAGCAUGAGAGAAUGUACAGUCAGCUCCACUCCUGCAUUUACCACUAAGCAUUGCCAAUCCUCUCUCCCCCUGAGGUGUGAUUUCAAAGCAUUCUCUAGUGAGUGGGAGGGAGAGGGGAGGGGUGUAUCAGGCCUAGUAACUCCACCACAGACAUAAUGAUCAUUGUCACUGGUUGCAAAGAUUUUCCAGUUGGUGGUGGAUCAUCACCAUGGGUCUCGCACUCCACCCUCACCCGAGUGUCUUAGUGUUUGUAUUUUUUUAACAUUACCUCCAACUUAUCACUGUAACAGUUGGAACAAGGUAAACUUUUCACUAUAUUUUCUGAGUAUUGUUAACUAAUGAGUACCUUGUACUGUAGUACUUUGUGGACUAAUUUCGUGAAUGUCUUACGUUUCCUUUGCACUUGAUUUGGUAGGUAAAUGUGCUAUGGGGAUUCUGUUUCCUAAUUUUUCCCAUAAGAAGCCAAUGAAAGGCUGUGCAUAAGUGCAAGUUUUGCUUUGAUGGUCAUGGCAUCAUUAUAUAAAGGGAUGCCUCAGGUGAGCAGCUGAUGAACAUGUCCACCCUCCACUUGGUCAAAGACACACCAUCAGUCGACCAUUGCCUCCUAAUUAGAAAUUGUCACUUAGUCGUAUAAAAAAAAAAAAAAAAUUACAGAAUUGAAAAAAGUGGGUGGGGCAGAAAAUGGUCACUGGCUGCCAGGGUAUUUAAACUGCAUGUCCCUUUUAACACGAAGAACAUGUUUUUUAUCCACAUAAUAAAGUGGACGAUGCAAUAACAUACCAUUGGUUAAUCUCAAGAUAAAUUAAUGCCACAUAUAAAAUUCCUGCAUCCACAUAUGUAUGAACAUGUGCAAAAAUCAUGUUUCAGGAUAACCAAGGUUAAAGUUAAUGUUCAUUGCUUUUAUAAUUACUCCAUAACCAACCAUACAAUUUUAAUGAUUCUUGUGUCAAAAGAUAGAGAAUUUAAUGUAGUUUUUGAGUAUGCAACAAAAGUUGGAUUGUAGUAUAUACUGCAUUGAAUGUUUACAUUUAUUUAAAGUUUAACAAGAAAACAUUAAAAAUGAAUUAUUAUCUGGACUGUAUUUUUGCCUAUUUAUUAUGCCAUAAACUAGAAGAAUAUAGAGUGAAACAAUAUGUUGCAUUGUACAUACUCAUAUUGACUAUAGUUUAUUAAAGUAGAAUACUUUAUACACAUACAAAUGUUUGUACCAAAACCAUGGACGGAAAUAGAUAUCCAAAGAUGAUAUUUAACAUUGUACAAAGGUCACAAAUCUAACCUAAAAUGAUUAUGAACAAUUUAUAAUAAUGUUAGUGUGCUUCUGUCAGACACAUAGUUUCCUUAAAUCCUGUGAAAUAACAUCACCUGUACAAAUUUCUAAAUAUGAAUACAGUACACUAGUAAUCUCCCCAUUAGCCAGAAAAAUUGGUGUAGAGCGUUUCCAGGUAUUGAGAUAAAUUCUCUUACCCCUGGAAAAAAAUUGCGCAUCUAAGGGAUUUUUCUGGGCAUUAGUGAAUGUUUCCACAUUUAAACUGCAUCUGGCAUGGAGCACCAUUGCUUUGGAGGCUUAACUGCAGUUAGACAGACAGCAGUAUUUAUUUAUGCAAACACUACUGCUCAAGUACAGUAUACAAUAUUGUAAAUACAG